AGCAGGACUUUCUUCAGGACGAGAACAUAGAGUUUCAGCAACAACCAAGAAAAUUUUAAGAUGACCGUCAAUCGCAUGUUCGUUUUUCUGGUCCCGCUGUUGAUCGUAAACAUGGUGCUUUGCCAAACCUUUCAAUACAGUCGUGGCUGGACUAAUGGCAAACGAUCGGAAUUUCUGAGUUCGGAGAUCUUAGAAGACGGUCGUUUCAGCAGCGGUGAACUCAAGAAACUGAGGAUGCUGAUACACGGAAGCGCCGACGAACAUCCGCUGUUCCACUGCGAUUUCGUAGACAGGCUGAGGAAACUCCCUCACACGGACAAUUAUGCCCCUCAGCUAUACCGGGAAAAGGGACCAAAUGACGAUAAUUACUGAAACGAAUACUCGUUGUGAUGUACUCGUCAUAUAAUUAAAUGUGACUCGUGAUUAUUUCGAAGACAUACAAAAUAAAUUAUCACAAUGACCGCA